AAGUACAGCGACCAGAUGGUUCCUGUUGUAACAGAUUGAUCACAUAAAGCUCAGGCCAAACAUACUCGCAAGUAGACGAAACUUGAAAACUUCCAUGGGUCUACUUGCGACUAUACGUACUUGCUAGUCUGUUUGGCCAGGGCUUAAGACUACAUCACGGAUGACAAAUGAAUGAAAGACAGGCAAUAUCAGAACGUAUAAAUACAACAUAAAUAAAUUAAAUAGCCCGUGCAUGGAAAGGACCAAGAAUUACUGAGUGACCUUCAAUAACAUUUGGUAACGAAUGAGAAACCUAUUAAUACGAGUUGAAUUGCAUCACCCGUAAUAACUAUUUAUCUUACUGUGUCUUGAUUUGACUUAAAAUUCAAACACUGAUAAGUCUUAUUUCCCGCGUGCUCUGUCUCCCGAUAUUGAACUUCAAGUAUUUUAUUUCAGGUUUUAUCACGCCUAAAGAGUUUGAGAACAUGAACACUCGCGGUGCUGAUACAAUGAUGAUGCACGCGGGAAAAACGCAUCCAAAGUACAGACCUCGCUACAGUUAUCAGACCUUUGUGAACCAGAGAUACCUCAAGGAUCCGAUCUUGGACAAAAUUAUAGAAAGAGUAAUCAAAUUAACAAAGUUGCCAAGAGAAAUAAUAUAUGGAAGCGAAAGACUUCAGGUUGUUUAUUAUGAUCAAGUUGGUCAUUAUCAUGCUCAUUUCGAUUCGGAAACUCACGAGAAGACCGAGAUCCCUUGCUGUCAUCAACAAGUUGAAGAGAAGAUGCUGAGCUUUGAACAUCCCUGUAGGCUUUGCAGGUAUAUCACCAUUUUGUAUUAUCUUAAUGAUGUCGAUGCUGGAGGUGAAACAGCUUUUCCUGUUGCAGACAACGAAACCUUAAACAUGGAGUACUUAAAAGACAGCCGAGGCAAGCUGGACUAUUUCAACCUCAGCCACAACUGCCAUGUGGGAAAUCUAUUGAUCAAACCUCGCAAGGGAACGGCAGUCAUGUGGUAUAACCAUUUUAUGGAUGAGGACAGCGGUUGGCUCGGCAAAAUGGAUGAGUAUAGUUUACACGGAGGAUGUGACAUACUGAAAGGAGAAAAAUGGAUUGCGAAUAACUGGAUCACAGCACCAUACAAGGAUGGAGCACAUGUCCCGAGCUCGUGGCUCAAUUUUUAUUAUGCGUUUAGUCUAUGGGUGCUCCACAUUUCAGGCCUUCUUUUCGCUUUGUCUGCUGAAUGCGAAAAACAGAGUUAUAACGUGUGUAGGUUUGUACGGGACGGUGAAAGUUGCGACUACAAGAAGUUCGAUUCGCAUGGAGAUGAACCCUGUGUUAUCGGUAGAAAGGCUGGAUUGACGAGAAUCAAUGGUGUCAAGGUUGGUCACGUCGAAGAAGUAGAUCUCGGAGAUGGAAUCAAAAAGCGCAUAACAAGAGCAAUGCGGCCUCUUUUGUUUGAAAUUCCAAAUUUUCUGUCAGACCAGGAGUGUGAUCACAUUAUUCGCCUGGCGGAAAGCAAACACUUCAUUACCAGUGUGGCUCGUGGAGGACUUCAGUCCACGAGUGACUUUGAAAUUCCUGACAUUAGAAAUGGACCAAUGCAUGUGGACUAUUUUCAUGCUUGGGAUCUCGACAAGGAUGGAAAAUUAACCUUGGAAGAGCUUAUAGCGUAUGCGAAAAAAUACCAAUAUUUGAUUCUAACAAGAGAUGACACAUUGGAAAUGCUACACAGUGUGAACGUGACGGAGCUAGACGAUGGGUAUGCUACACUGGAUGAAUUCAAGAAGAUGAACACGUUGGGAUUAAUGGACUUGCUCUCGGCGACGGCUUUGUCACAUCCACUACACAGGCCACGAUACAGUGAUCAGACCUGGAUUAACCAGAGAGCUUUGGCUGAUCCAGUUUUAGAUAAAGUUACAGAGAGGAUUGUGGAACUUACUAGACUUCCUCGAGAAAUUGUAUACGGAAGUGAGAGAAUUCAGGUUGUCCGCUAUGGGAAAUAUGGUCAUUACCACGCCCACUUUGAUUCUGAAACUGAGCAGAGAACGGACAAAAAGUGCUGCCAUCUUCAUGAAGAUGUGGUCGGAGCUUUUCUGAAAGGCGAAAGUUGUAAGCUUUGUAGAUACGUCACUGUCCUUUAUUACUUGAAUGAUGUGGAGGAAGGAGGAGAAACAGCAUUCCCAAUGGCUGACAAUACAACUCGUAACAUGGAGUUUGUUACAUCAAGUCGUGGUGAUCUAGAUUUCUUUAACCUCAGUCACAACUGCCACCAGGGUCUGGUUGUCAGUCCACGAAAAGGAACGGCGGUCAUGUGGUACAAUCACUUCAUAGAUGAAGAAAGUGGCUGGAUGGGUGCAAGAGACGAGUACAGUCUGCAUGGAGGAUGCGAUAUACUGAAGGGAGAAAAAUGGAUAGCUAAUCUCUGGAUAACCGCUCCUUACAGAGACGGGGCACAUCUUCCCAGUUCGUGGCUUGGAAAUUUUGAUAUUAUUUAGGAGUUAAAAUUAUCUGUCUUUGCGUUUAGACUUAGACUUUGGCGCGUUUAGAAAACUUCCUGUGAAACACUUUCUGUUCAAAGAAGUUACUUUAUCGUCGGCCUGACUACAUGAAACAUAGCUGUGUAUGAUGGCCGAGAUGACAUAAAGGAUUUUACAGGACGUUGUCACAUGACUAUGGCUUUGCGCUACUCGUGAACUGAGAUGGCGACUAAAACGUCAGAGAGGACUGUCAUUUCAAGCUUCCACGACUGAGCACCUCGAUGUUCUGUAGAUGGAUGCAUGCAUGCACCGCUGUCACCUUCAUCAUUUGUUAUUACAGUAAAAUGCAAAUAAUCGUACAUUGACUUAUAAAACCUUUAUCCUGUAUUUGAAGCAUACAAGUUAGAUAGAAAAUUUCAAGUCUAUUCCGGUUUCUUGGCUGUGGUGACAAAAAGGCGAAAAUUCUCACACGUUAAGGGAAAAGCGCAAGGGUAAGGGAAAAGUAUCCAUUAAAAGCAAGUAGACUAGAGAAAAGCUUGCUAGUAAAAACUUUGAAAAUAUGUUGUUGAUAUCUGACGGGAGAAUUCUGCAAAUUGCUUGAAAUUGAAAACAGUACGGAUUGUUGAAAUUAAAGUAGACCAAGGUAAACUUCUAGUCGGAGCAGUAGUUGGUGUAGAUUGAUCAGUUCCGCCUCUUCAUACCUGUAGUUUCGGGGGAAGAGUGUGGGCUCAUUAAGGCUCUUGGUCAGUAGGGACGACGUGAAAAUUAACAGUGGGAGGCCAAAAGAAAAGCGAGCAGAGCAGGACCUUCCUCAGUUUUCUUUCGCUCGCCCGAUUUUCCGCUUCGUCACUACUGACCGAAAGCCUGGGGCCGGCUAAAACGGCUGGUAAUUGAGGUCAUGGAUGUUGUUGGUUUAUCAGUAACUUUGAAAGAAAUUUGAUCUGGAAUAAAGGUUAUUUCGGGAAGCC